AUGAAAUCAAUAUCAGAGAGCCUUUCUAUUUUAUUUCUAACUUCCUUGUUAGCCAUUCUAACAUUUGCUGCUAUUGCUACAACUCAACAAGAUAAAGAAGGAUUAUUUGCACCUUCGCCCAUAGAAUCAAAUCAAAAUCGAAUACAGUUGAAUAAAGAAGAUAAUGACGUAUCCUUAUUCCGAAGGAUAGACAAAACAUCAAUAGAUGAAGAAGAAGAAGAAGAUCAAUUACUACAUCAUUUACAAAGUCUUUCAGCCGCUGAUAUAGAUGAUAAUGAAGAAGAUGAUGACGAAAUUGUUAUUGUCGAAAACACAGAUAAAGAAAAUAGAGAAGAAGACGAGCUUAUUGACCAAAUCGAACUCACAGAUGACAUGGUUGAAAAUGAAGAUGAAGAACAAGACGAAGACGUUGAUAUGGAAUCAAUAAAUACAGAUGAAGAAGAGGACGAUUUAUCGCCAGAGUUCCCUGAAUUUCAAAAUGAAGAUACAGCUGAAUUUUUUGAACACCUUCCACAAGCAGAAGACGAAGAUGACCAAGAAGACGGGAGAGACGAUAAAACAGCUGAAGACGAAGAAAAUGAAGAACAGAAUGAUAUACAAACGGAAGAAAUUGAAGAUGAAGAAGAUGAGAACGAGGAGGAACUAAUAGAAAGUACGAAUAAUAAUAAUAAAGAAACUGAUCCAGGAGUCACAGAAAAAUCAAAAGAGCGAAGCAAUAGCCUACGGGAAAAUGAUACAGCAAACUCAGAUGCCAGGACAGUUCAUGGAGAUGCUUCACUUGCACAAAACAGGCAAACGGAUCAAGAUGAUAGCAACAGUAACAGUAUGCACGAAACGAACCAUAUACCGUGGCAACGCCCUGCUAUAGUGGCAGGCAACUCCAAUUUUUACCAAGAUAACAACUUUAAAAAGGACCAGUAUACCAAUCAUAAAAGCACAUCAAGCACUGACAAAUCCUUCACAUUCUGGCAUUUCUUGUUCGUUUUGUGUAUUUUAAUGAUUGUUUACAAGUCCAGCUUAAAAAAGAAGCCACAAAGCAUCCUGGAUCUUUCUGCAAGCACAGCUUCAUGGAGCAAAAAUGAAAAAGACCUUCUACCGUUGCAUAACAGUAAACGAAAUAGCUUCUAUAAGAAUGAAAUCAAGAGUUCGUAG